CAGUUGCCUUUCUGAAUAUUAGCCCUGAGGCUGCCAUGAGUGACUCGUCCCUGAUGUUUAUGGCUGGAGCAAACACCGUGGAAGAGCAGAGAGCUCGCUGGGAGAGAAAGCGCAGCCGGACAGCCAAGGAGCUGCUGGAAACCGAACACAAAUACCUUGAGCAGCUGGAUUUGGUGGUCACAUUCUUUGUGACCAUUUUGAAGGCCAAAGGGACACUGAAGCCUGCUGUGUUGGAAACUAUAUUUGGACCCCUGGAAUCCAUAUAUUCGGCCAGCCAUGUUCUGUCGCUUCACCUGGAGAGAGGGAAUUUGGGAUCAGGAUUGGAAAAUUUCUGUCAGAAUCUGGAGCUUUAUGGCCACUACGCCGAGAAUUUGGAGCAGGCAAAUAAAACCUUGAAGGAGCAAUUGGGGAAAAGUAAGUCAUUCCGACGGUUUAAGAAACUCCAGGAGACUCGACCGCAGUUUCAAGGGAGGAAGCUAGAGGAUCUGCUUCCUUUGCCCCUGCAGAGGUUGCACCAGUACAAGCACUUCUUCAGAGACCUGCUGGAGAACACCAGCCCAGACAGUGCUGAGUACCAGAAACUUGCAAAGGCUGUAAAAUCCGUUUCUGAGGUAUCUCAGUGGGUCCAAGACAUCAUUCAUAAGAGAGAGAACUCAUUGCAGCUACUUCGGGUUCAGAAACUGCUCAAAGGACAGAAGACCCAGGUGUUGACUCCAGGGCGCUGGUAUAUCCGGGAAGGCUGGCUUCUGGUGGUGCCUUCAAAGGGAGAAGAACUGAAGCGCAGGAUGUUCUUCCUUUUUUCUGAUAUCUUUAUUUCAACAAAGCCCUGCCACCCACUGCACCCGCUCAAUUCGAACAAAUUGGCAUGCCAGGCUGUCUACCCGCUUCACCAGUGCAUAGUGGAUAAAGUGUUUGGCCACACGCAGAGCCAGGGAGGGCUCCUCAGUCUUUCCUUUCCACACAAGACACUGCUGUUGAUGUCCAGUGACCAACAAGACAUUAAUGACUGGUAUCGGAGUCUCACAGCUGCAGUCAGGUUAGUAAUCAACCUUCAGACCUCCCGGGACAUCUUCCACUCCUGUGCUCCAGGACAGCAACAAGCUGGCCGGUGCACGAGCAGCUCACACCAAGCGCCGUGCCCGGGCGGAGGGGGAUGCCUAAACAGGGGUGCCCUGGGGAGCCUGCGGGGCUGCUGCCUGCUGCAUGUCCUCCCGGUAACCCUUCAGGAGCUGGUUGAGCAGCGUCUUCUCGGUGUCGCGGCGCGGGCGGAUCAGCGGUGGGAAGGGGUUCCCCUUGAGCUCGAUGACCGCCAUUUUGGCGCGGUCAAGGCCAUCCCGGUUGGGGAUACGCAGCAGGCGGGUGUAGCUGCCGGGGUGGGGCUGGAACCGGGGUGCCAGCACCUUGAACAGCUUGUGGAUGAGGUCCUUCUCCUGCGGGCAGCACG